AUGUUUGCUCGCCUCUCUCUUUCCGGCGCAGCCCUGCUGCUAUGCGCCGAUGCCUUCGUCAUCCCCGCCGUGCUCGACCACCAGGCCCCGCUGCAAGGCGCCGCCCUCGCGGACCUGCUCCAAGAGAAGGCACACGCCCUGUCCGACCAGAUUGGCCUCCUCCCCGCCGCCAGAAAAAGCCUCGACACAUGGCUGGACCAGGAGGAAGACAUCGCCGUCGACAGGUUGCUGGCCAACAUUGCCCCAAGCGGCCGGAAUGCCCAACACGCCGCGCCUGGCACAGUGAUCGCCAGUCCGUCCAAGAAACAUCCAAACUACUAUUACCAAUGGGUGCGUGACGCCGGCAUAACCAUGGCCACGGUCGUGGACCUGUACGUCGCCGACCCCUCCUCAGAACUCGCGCGUACCAUCCUGCUGCCGACCCUUGAAUCGUACGCGUCCAUCUCCCAGAAGAUACAGCACACGCCCAACCCCUCGGGCGACUUCUCGUGGCCCAACCUAGAUGGGCUCGGCGAGCCCAAGUUCGAGGUCGAUGGGUCGCCCUUCACCUCCAACUGGGGCCGUCCCCAACGCGACGGUCCGGCGCUGCGGGCGACGGCGCUCAUGAAGUUCAUGCGCGCAUACAACGAGAGCAACCCGGGGGUGUGGGAUUCGCGCACGGCCGCGUCCUCCGAAGACUUGUUUGGACGGCUGUACAACUCCGAGCUGCCGGCGCGCAGCAUCAUCAAGGCGGACCUGGAAUACGUGGCGCGGCACUGGGCCGAGUCUGGCUUCGACGUGUGGGAGGAGGUGCGCGGCCGCCACUUCUUCACGGCGCAGGCGCAGCUCCGCGCGCUGCGCGAGGGCGCAGAGGUGGCAUCUGCCUUCGGCGACGGGGGCGCGGCCGCCUUCUACCGCGAGCAGGCGGCGCGCCUCGAGUCCAUGAUCCGCAACGACUUCUGGGACCCUCGCGGCGGCUACAUCCGCGCCACGCGCGGCUCCGAGGCCGAGCACCAGCGUUCCGGCAUGGACUGCAGCGUCCUGCUGGGCAGCCUGCACGGCACCGACGCCGUCGACCCCGCCUACCCGGACCCGGCCGUGUACCCGCCGCACGACGACGCGGUGCUCAUCACCCUCAUGAAGUUCGUCAAGGACCAGCGCGACCGCUACCCCAUCAACGCCCAGCCGUCCGAGGCCGACGACUUCGCCGCCAACGAACAGGAUCCCCUCCGCCCGGCCGGCGUCGGCCGCUACCCGGAAGACGCGUACGACGGCUACGCCGCGCCGCACCCGGGCGCCGGCAACCCGUGGUUCCUGUGCACCGCUAGCGUCGCCGAGAUCCUGUUCCGCACCGCCGACGCCGUCAACCGGACCGCCGCCGUCGAGGUGAGCGAGACGGGCUGGGACUUCUGGCGCGGUCUCGUCUGCCCUUCUUCGUCGUCUGACUGCCCGCUGUCGUGGGACCGCAAGAAGUACGAAGCCGGUGAUGGAACCGGCGUCGUCGAGACGGCCCAAGGCCGGCUGAAGACCCUGGGCGACGGUUUCCUCGCCGUCAUCCGCAGGCAUGCGAGCAGCGACGGGUCGCUCAGCGAGCAGUUCGAUCGCUGGACCGGAUACGAGCGUGGUGCCGAGGAUUUGACGUGGAGCUAUGGCGCGUUUUUGCAGGCGCUGUGGGCGAGGAGGAGGGUGGCGUAA